AGGCCAGACGACCAUCUAUAAAAGAACUGACGGCGGCGGCGACAAAUUUUAUAAGAAUUUCGGACUCGAACGCAAGCGAAUCGUUGCCCUAAUCCCGGCGAGAAAUGUCCCUGGUGCCCACCACAUAUCGCGAUUUGUCGCGCGAAUUCGAUCGACCACGUCCGCUAUACCAACCACCGUAUGAUUUCCAACUUUAUCCGUAUUUGUGGGACGAUCCGCGGAUCUGGUGGCCAGCUAAUACCUCAAGCAGGAGUGACUUACUUCGACCUCUGGAUGAACUGGUGACGCGACGAGUGAGGAAUCAGUUGAUUCAAUCGACGCCGUACGAGUGGUCACAUCCCAUGAGAUGGGAUAACUACUAUUCUGGGGAGAGAGUCCAUGUGGAUGAGAAAGGAUUCCGGAUCGACAUCGAUGUACGGCAGUUUCAUCCUCACGAGAUCGUUGUGAAAACCAACGACGACUAUGUCAUAGUUCAGGGGAAUCACAAUCGUCGCAAUGAGGGAUCCAAUGGAAUGGUGGAGAGGCACUUCGUAAGGAAGUACCUCCUGCCGCGCGGAUAUAAUGCCAAUGAGGUGAUUUCGGAUAUAUCCAGCGAUGGUAUCCUCACCAUCAAGGCUCCACCACCGCCGCCAGCCAAGUACUAUUCGCCCGGAGAGCGAUUGGUCCGGGUCCAUGAAACCGGAAAGCUGGCCCUGCCCUGGAAAUAAGUAAGCUAUCCAAAUCGAGGAAGGCAAACAGUAAAUGUUUACCAAACCCAACGAAAUCCCACCCAUCAAAAGCGCCUUACUCAAGGUGAACUAUUUUCGGACGGCAAGCAAGUGCAGCCGAACAUUUAAAUUGGAUUCAAACAUAAAUAAAAUACAAAUUGUACUCGUAGGUAAUAUAUAAAAUGCGCAAUAAAUAUUUGCUAGAA